GUGGCGGGGCCGGGCGGUGUGGAGUGAGUGGCGCUGCGGGUGGGGCCGUCGGCGGCGCUGGUGAGCUUUGCGGAGUUGGGCGGUGCCGAGGAGGAGGAGGAGGAGGAGGAGGAGGUGGCGGCGGCGGCGGCGGCGGUUGGGUCUGACGCGGCCCGGUGAGGGCACGCCGAGCGGUCGCCGCAGACUCCGCCGCCGAGAAGCCCUUGUUCCCGCUGCCGGGAAGGAGCGUCUGGUGCCGACAAGAUGGCGGACGGGGAGCUGAACGUGGACAGUCUUAUUACCCGACUGCUGGAGGUACGAGGAUGUCGUCCAGGAAAGAUUGUACAGAUGACUGAAGCAGAAGUUCGGGGCUUAUGUAUCAAGUCUCGGGAGAUCUUUCUCAGCCAGCCUAUUCUUUUGGAAUUGGAAGCACCACUGAAAAUCUGUGGAGAUAUUCAUGGACAGUAUACAGAUUUACUGCGAUUAUUUGAAUAUGGGGGUUUCCCCCCAGAAGCCAACUAUCUUUUCUUAGGAGAUUAUGUGGACAGAGGAAAGCAGUCUUUGGAAACAAUCUGCUUGCUAUUGGCUUAUAAAAUCAAAUACCCAGAAAACUUUUUUCUCUUAAGAGGAAACCAUGAGUGUGCUAGCAUCAAUCGCAUUUAUGGAUUCUAUGAUGAAUGCAAACGAAGAUUUAAUAUUAAGUUGUGGAAGACCUUCACUGAUUGUUUCAACUGUCUGCCUAUAGCUGCCAUUGUGGAUGAGAAGAUCUUCUGUUGUCAUGGAGGACUGUCACCAGACCUGCAAUCUAUGGAGCAGAUACGGAGAAUUAUGAGACCCACUGAUGUCCCUGAUACAGGUUUGCUCUGUGAUUUGCUGUGGUCUGACCCAGAUAAGGAUGUGCAAGGGUGGGGAGAAAAUGAUCGUGGUGUUUCCUUCACUUUUGGAGCUGAUGUAGUCAGUAAAUUUCUGAAUCGUCAUGAUUUAGACUUGAUUUGUCGAGCUCAUCAGGUUGUGGAAGAUGGAUAUGAAUUCUUUGCUAAGCGACAACUGGUAACCCUGUUUUCAGCCCCAAAUUACUGUGGCGAGUUUGAUAAUGCUGGUGGAAUGAUGAGUGUGGAUGAAACUUUGAUGUGUUCAUUUCAGAUUUUGAAACCAUCUGAAAAGAAAGCUAAGUACCAAUAUGGUGGACUGAAUUCAGGACGUCCUGUCACUCCACCUCGAACAGCUAAUCCACCGAAGAAAAGGUGAAGAAAGGAACUCUGUAAAGAAACCAUCAGAUUUGUUAAGGACAUACUUCAUAAUCUUUAAGUGUGCACUGUAAAACCAUCCAGCCAUUUGACACCCUUUAUGAUGUCACACCUUUAACUUAAGGAGACGGGUAAAGGAUCUUAAAUUUUUUUCUAAUAGAAAGAUGUGCUACACUGUAUUGUAAUAAGUAUACUCUGUUAUAAUAUUCAACAAAGUUAAAUCCAAAUUCAGAAUUACCCAUUAAAGUUACAUCUUCACGUAUCACAGUUUUUAAAGCUGAAAAGCAUCCCAGUUAAACUAGAUGUGAUAGUUAAACCAGACGAAAGCAUGAUGAUCCAUCUGUGUAAUGUGGUUUUAGUGUUGCUUGGUUGUUUAAUUAUUUUGGACUUGUUUUGUUUUUGUUUGUUUGUUUUUGCUGAAAUAAUGGCAAAUUCUUUAAAUUUUUUCCCCAAACAUUUUAAAAAGUGCAAUGUGGGAAGAUUUUUGAAGACAUUCAUCAACUAUUAAUUUUCCAUUGCUUAUUUACUUAUGUACCUGUUUGAUCUUACUAAGAAAAUUUAUGCCUCAUUACAGUAAAAAGGAAUUUAGAGAUAUUUUUUAAAAUAUGCAAAUGUCCAAUUGAGUGAUUUAAUCAGUUUGGGCAACUGUUACAGCUGAUAGUGAAUAUUUUGCUUCAUACAGAAAUUGCCACUGAUUUGAGUUUGUGCACUCUAAUUUUAACUUAUUGAUGCUCUAUUGUGCAGUAGCAUUUCAUUUAACUUUAAGAUAAGGCUCAUUUAGUAUACCCAACUAGUUGGUAAUGUGAUUAUGUGGUACCUUGGCUUUAGGUUUUAAUUCGCACGAAACACCUUUUUGGCAUGCUUAACUUUCUGGUAACACCCUCACCUGCAUUGGUUUUGUUUUUUGGGUUUUUUUUUGUUCUUGUUUUUUGUUUUUAGAUCCACAGAACAUGAGAAUCCUUUUUUGACAAGCCUUGGAAAGCUGACACUAUUUUUUCUCCCUCUGUACGAAGGAUGUAUUUAUAUGAAUGCUGGUCAGUGGGUCAUUUGUCAACCAUGGAUAUUGGGUGCUUGACUGUCUAAUAUUGCCAUGUGAAUGUUGUAUACGAUUGUAAGGCUUAUGUCACUAAAGAUUUUUAUUCUGAUUUUUCAUGAUCGAAAUUCAUAUGAUAUUGUAUAGACAUGCUUUGUAGUGAACUAUAGUAGCAAUAAUUUCUGUACAUGAUCAAGGGUUUAUUGCAGCCUUUCUUUUCCUGUUCUCUUUUUUUUAAGGGUAGUAUUAACAAAUGACAGGAGUAGAAGAGUCAACAUAAAGAAUUUAGGAGAACUUACAGGACACCGAUUUAUAAUUCUUUGGGUGCAACACUUUUGGAUGUGAUUCUAAAAGCUAUUAUUGAGCAUUGUCAAAUUUGUAAGCUUCAUAGGGAUGGACAUCAUAUUUAUAAAUGCCCUCCUAUAAGUGCUACCAUAGAUGUGAAAUUCUUGACCUUAAUAUCGUCUUUGAAAAUGUAAAUUGAGAAUUCUAGUAAUUUAAAUCUUAAGAAUUGGCGUAUUGUAUUACUGCAGGAGAUUUGAUUUUCAGCGCAGUGCAAAGUUCAAUCAAAUGCAUAUGUCUUUUUUUUUUCUAAUUCCAUUUUGUUUUAAAGCACAUUUUAAAUGUAGUUUUCUCAUUAGUAAAAGUUGUCUAAUUGAUAUGAA